AUGUAUACUGCCGCAGAGGAUUUGCUACAUUUUGCAGAGGGAGCUGCUAGUGAAACAGUUAGUGAGGUUUCAAUCAGCGAUUUUAAUGCAAAACGUAAAAUAUGCACUUUUUUGUUGAAAGGUCCUGUUUAUAAAAAGCAAAGUAGUGAAGUCGAACUCCUGACGAUUGAUGAUAGUCUUUCAGCGCAAAAUAAUGAAAGUGAAUUCCUAAUGCAAUAUUAUAGACGAGUUCUAAGUGAGAACAUUAAGUUAAAGGAGAAGCUCCUCUCGUUUGAAGUAACAGUUGAGUCAUUUACCGAUGAUGAUAAAGUUCUUUAUUACACAGGCUUGCCCUGUCGUAAAGUGCUAUUAGCUGUGUUUCAGCAUGUCGAAGCAUAUAUUUCGUUAACAGCGCGUUCGCGACUAUCUAAGUUCCAAAAAUUAAUUCUUGCGCUAAUGAAGCUUCGUCUUGGAACCCCAAUACAAGACUUAGCAUUUCGAUUUGACAUCUCCUAUUCCAUUGCUUCAAAAACUUUCAAGAAUAUUUUGCACAUACUAUAUGUUCGUAUGAAACCUCUGAUUUACUGGCCAGAAAGAAAAGAAUUACAACAAUCUAUGCCAUUAUCGUACAGACAACACUUUGGGCUUAAGAUAGCUGUCAUCAUAGACUGUUUUGAAAUUUUUAUUGAAAGACCCUCAAAUCUUAUGGCUAGAGCGCAGAUAUGGAGCAACUAUAAAAGUCAUAACACCGUAAAAUAUUUGAUUGGCAUUGUUUCACAAGGCGUUAUUUCUUUCAUUUCCCAAGGAUGGGGUGGGAGAACUAGCGACAAACUUAUCACCGAACAAUGUGGACUCCUUGAGAAGCUCAACCCUGGGGAUGUAGUGCUUGCUGACCGAGGCUUUAACAUAGCCGACUCUGUUGGUCUUAUGUGUGCUGAGGUUAAAAUUCCAGCAUUUACAAAAGGAAAGAAGCAGCUAUCAGCUGUUGAUGUCGAAAGUACUAGAAAAAUUGCCCGAUCGAGGGUCAACGUAGAAAGAGUGAUUGAACUUGCCAGAAACAAAUACACUAUAUUGAAGGAAAUCUUACCAGUCGACUUUUUGAUGUGUGAGGCCGACAAUAUACCAACUGUGGACAAAAUUGUUACAGUAAGUUGUGCUCUUACCAAUUGCUGCAAAUCAAUCGUACUUUUUCAUUAA